AUGCCACGACACUCUCUCCAGCAAAUGAGACGAUCGAGAACCAGGCUCGUGUACGACCUGCUGGAGGAGCACGAACUAGAAGAGCCUCAGCAGGAGCGAGAUCACGACCCUGAAUGCAUCCUACCGUCGGCGCAUGACGACCGCAGGUUCUUCCGGUGCAUGACAUGGCUCGGUUUGCUAGCAUGUCUUGGCUUCACCGGCGUUGCCAUCGGCGUAAUAGUCAAAUUUCUUGCUGACGGAAGCAAGUUGGGUCUAGACGUAGCCAGCGCCGACUUCGCCUUGAACAAGAACAGCGGCUUCCAAGAAUGUCGUGCCAGAGAGCCGCCAACCGACCCUGCGACGUGCCCCGACGUACUAGCAAAUUUGCUGAGCCCGGCGUGGGACAACAGGAGGGGCAUGGCCAGCGAGUUCAACGAUGUUACCAACUACUACUUUGUCAGCAAGAACCGGACCCGAACACCAGGCGGCCAGCCCGUGGUCUACGACUGGUGCGAGGCAGUAAGCUGCCUCGACUCUACCUUCACGGUAGUGCCUUCUAUACCACGCGGCGCGGCCUUCGGAGCAACGAGUCUCUCCACCUGGUGCUCCAUCACCGUCACGCUCUUCACAGCCGUCUGGGGCUACGAAUCGCUGGAGCGGCGCAGGGGCAAGGAGAGGGCAUGCAGGGCACUUGGCGAUGUGGCGUGGUACGACUGCCAUGGCUAUAAUUUAUGCUCCUUUGCCUGGUGGUGGGUGUCGUUUGCCAGCUACGUCGUCGGACGCGCCUACAAGCUCCCCCCCGGACUAUCGGCUGGGUGGUAA